AUAUAGCUCAUUAAAAAGAACCACGUGAUUAUUAAAAAAAAAAAAAAAAAUCAUGUAAUAUAUUUCUAGUACACGUUUAGGACGUUCAAUACCCUUUCAAGGCAGUUCAGAAAUAAGGUGAAAUUCGAGAGGAUCGAAAUUGAAUGGCGUCCAUUUCAUUCAACCCCAAAUAGACUUGUGCUCGGGCUUCUUCAGCGCGCGAGCGCUAAAUGGCGUAGCGCACGAGCGCUUCAGAGGAAGUGGCGGGUGAAGCAGGUCCGCACCUUUUCCGGUAACACAGCGCGGCUAAGGGACUGAAGCGAGUGACUGGAGGGGGAGAGAAGAGAAAGGGGGAUAACGGAUUUGGGGGAGUCCGCCGCGUUUGGAAGGGAGAAAAGACACGGAGAAAGGAAACUCGGAUGAAUCAAUGACCUUUGGAGUUUUUUUUUCCUUGGCUGGUUUCACGGCUUCCAGUUUGCUGCUACGCCAUUAAGUACACAAUAGUCACCAUGAACUCUUGAAGGGAAUCCCGGGCGCUUGAAUGUGCCGAGUGUCUGAAGCGAGCGGGUAGAGCCGGCGCACAAGGAGGAAGUCGGAGCUGCUGUGGAGCAGGCGAGCGGGCCGCUGUGUAUCUGAAGUCUCAAACACAUACACAGCUUUAGCACUUACACUGUGCACCGAGGACAGCUGAGCAGUCUUAAGAGCUAAGAAGCGGAUUUUUAUGGACCUGUCUUUCCGAAGGGGUUGAGCCAUCAGGGCAUCGAGACAGGUUGAGGAAGUCCGCUUAUAUUCACACCCUCUUGUAUCCUUUAUUCCUCUGAAGUAUGCAGACUGAUCUAGCUCAGAAGUUCUACUCAGUAUCAUAGAAGAGCCAUACCUUUUGGUGCGAAGCAAUAGUUUUGCAGUCUGUUACAGUGUCUCAAACUGUGGUGUUACACCAAAAGCUGAAGUAUUAUAGUAGCACAUAACCUAGCCAAAGGUACGUUACCAAAAAUCCUCUGUAAUAAACGUAAUAUAUAUGCACAACCAACAAAAUGGGGAAAAUGCUUUCAAAGAUCUUUGGAAACAAGGAGAUGAGAAUAUUGAUGCUUGGACUUGACGCGGCCGGUAAGACGACCAUCCUUUACAAACUCAAACUGGGACAGUCGGUCACCACCAUUCCAACUGUGGGCUUCAACGUGGAAACCGUCACGUAUAAGAAUGUGAAGUUUAACGUGUGGGACGUGGGAGGGCAGGACAAGAUCAGACCACUUUGGCGGCACUACUACACAGGCACACAGGGGCUCAUCUUUGUGGUGGACUGUGCUGACAGAGAUCGCAUCGAUGAGGCCAGACAGGAGCUGCACCGCAUCAUCAAUGACCGUGAGAUGAGGGACGCCAUCAUCUUGAUAUUUGCCAACAAGCAAGAUCUGCCAGACGCAAUGAAACCACACGAGAUCCAAGAGAAGCUCGGCUUGACCCGUAUCCGAGACAGGAAUUGGUACGUGCAGCCCUCGUGUGCUACCACAGGUGACGGACUAUACGAGGGCCUGACCUGGCUCACUUCAAAUUAUAAAUCUUAAUGCACUGCUCAGAUGGACUGGUCAGUGCAAGAGAAAUAGAUAGAUUAAAAAAAAAAAAAAAAAAAAAAGUAAAAUGAGCAAGAGAAAAAAAAUGGAAGCAUUUAAUAAAUCAUUCUUCUUACAUAUGUUGGCAAAAAGAAAGUUUGCUUAUAAUCCUGUUUCUGUUGAUCAUCUUGCCCUGUAACAGUUUUCUUUUAUAUUAUGUACCAAUUUUUUUUGGCUGGCUCUUAAGUUUGCUUUUGGCACUAUUAGAAAAUUAUUACAUUCAAAUGACACUUAUUGUCUUUCAACAUUACAUAAAAGUGUUCUUUUUGGAUAUAUGGAGAUGUAGAUUUCUUUUGCUCUCGUUAAGAUUUCUUUUUAGUCACUGCUUUUGUUUUUUGUUUGAUGCCUGAUCAUAUUUUCUUUUAACCUCAGCACCACUCUUAUGUUGGUAUUCUGCUUGCAUUUUGCUUUCAAGGAAGCCAGAUUUUGCCCAUGAAUGUAGUGGGAGUGCCACCCACCCUUCUUUCACAACUCUCACACACUCCAAGGUUUCUUUCUUUCUUUCCAGACAUGUUAUCUGUCCCUGAAUGGCAUCGUAAUCCAAUUUGUUCAUGUCAUCAUGUUACAAGAAUCCAGAAAUGUAAAGAUUGAAACUAGUCUUUUCGAAUGCAAGGAGUUCAAACAGGAAAAUAACGUGAACUCCAUGUUUAUAAAAACUUGUGGCUACAUGAUAUGUUUUCCCUCAUUUUGUGACACUGGCUGAGUUUUUCUUUCUUGUAUGAGGGAGUGGAGAUUUCAUAGUAAAUGAGUAUUAAAAUUGUGUUGGCUUCUUUUCUUGGGAAGCACAAAGAAAAGGUGUUUCACAAGAGAUGAGCUAACAUGACUGUGUGCUGGGCAGAAUUCACAGAGGGAGAAGUGCAUGUAAUGGUGUCAGUGAGGGAACAAGUACAAGGGCCAUUUGCUGAAGCGAGCGAUUCAGCAUUUCUGUUCUGACCUUGUGCCCAAAAAAGUGUUUACUAACCCUACUACCUUUAGUCAUCUGGAUCUUUCAUGGUGCUCUGGAUUCUGAUCUGCAAAUACAAUACUCAUCAGCUGCACGAUGCAGUCAGACAAGCCUAUUUUUUGUUUUAACAAAUUACAAUCAAUGCUUUCUUGUAUUAUUUAGAGCAAUUUGUUAUGCUGAAGAAAAAAUAAAAGAAAUGAAUAAAAGAAACAAAAAGCA